AGACCAUGCCUUCACUUCUCUCAGCUAAGUCUAAUGGAUUCCCUCAAAGAUUUGUUUAUUCCCCAAACGGAGAUUGCUUUGAUGCUAUACACAAGGAACAACCUCAACUGUGCUGAGCCACUGUUUGAGCAGAAUGGUUCACUUAAUGUUAAUUUCAGUACAAACAAGAAAACUGUCUGGCUUAUUCAUGGAUAUAGACCAACAGGUUCCACUCCCUCAUGGCUUCAGAACUUCCUAAGGAUUUUGUUGAAUCGAGAGGAUAUGAAUAUAAUUGUAGUAGACUGGAACCGGGGUGCUACAACUUUUCUUUACAACAGAGCAGUUAAAAACACCAGAAGAGUUGCUAGAAGUCUGAGUGGGUACAUUCAGAAUCUUUUGAAGUAUGGAGCAUCUCUUGAUAAUUUUCAUUUCAUAGGUAUGAGCUUAGGGGCUCAUAUUAGUGGAUUUGUUGGAAAGAUAUUUCAAGGUCAACUUGGAAGAAUAACAGGUCUUGAUCCUGCUGGGCCAAAAUUCUCUGGAAGACCAUUUAAUGUUAGAUUAGAUUACACUGAUGCUAAAUUUGUUGAUGUCAUCCAUUCUGAUACCCAUGGUUUAGGCAUUAAAGAACCCUUGGGACAUAUAGAUUUUUAUCCAAAUGGAGGAAAAAAGCAACCUGGCUGUCCUAAAUCCAUUUUUUCAGGAAUUGAAUUUAUUAAAUGCAACCACCAGAGAGCAGUUUACUUGUUCAUGGCAUCUUUGGAAACAAACUGCAAUUUUAUUUCAUUUCCUUGUUCUUCAUAUGAAGAUUUCAAAGCUGGUUUAUGUGUAAACUGUGAGAAGUUCAAGGGAAAAUCAUGUCCUAGGCUAGGUUAUCAAGCUGAGCUAUGGAAAGAUGUUUUAAAGGAAAGAAAAGAAAAACAAUUUCUCAAGACCGCUGUGUUUUUGGAUACUAGUGGCACAAGUCCAUUCUGUACCUAUUAUUUUGUUCUCAGUAUAACUCUUCUAGAUAAAACCAUGAAGGAUGCCUAUAUUACAUUUAAAUUAUUAAACCAGUUUGGAAAGGUUGAAGAACCAAGUCUCUAUGAGAAGAAUACAUCAUUUAAUAAGCUCCAAGAAGUCAAGAUUCUUGCUCAAUUUUUAAAUGAUAUUGUAAGUAUUUCAAGGAUUGGUUUGGCAUAUUUUCAGAGCUCAAACUGGCAAAGUUUCACAUUCAAAUACAACAUCCAGCGUGUCAAGUUGCAAUCACUUACAUAUCCAGCAAGACCACCACUUUGCAUAUACAAUUUUGUACUUAAAGAAAGUGAAGAAGUAUUUCUCAAUCCAAGCAUAUGUACAUCAAAGGAAGUAUAA